CUGGCUUUUGUCCGCUUGAUAAGCGCUACAAGCAAACGUCAGUUACCUGUUAGCAUGAACAUGCUAACAGCUGCUAGCUACAUCUUUGCAGCAUCUCUGUGCCGUUGUGUCUUUCUAAGUCGUUCCUCAUUUUGGGAUACGAUGGGACGCAGGAAGUCCAAGAGAAAGCCACCACCCAAAAAGAAGAUGACGGGCAACCUGGAUACCCAGUUCACGUGUCCGUUCUGCAACCACGAGAAGUCCUGCGACGUCAAGAUGGAGAGAACUCGGAACACGGGAAUUAUAUCGUGCAGCGUGUGCUUGGAGGAGUUUCAGACUCCUAUAACAUAUCUUUCUGAACCCGUGGACGUUUACAGCGACUGGAUCGACGCCUGCGAAGCGGCCAAUCAGUAGUCAUGUCCACAACUCACGCCUCCAUCGGAGACUCACUCUGGGUUCACCUCAUGUAGCCAAACGUUUAGUUUUUUUUUUCCCUUUUUCUCUGAAGCAUGUCAAAUUCUUUUUAGUUCCACUUGCUGACUGAGUCACAUUCCUCUGGUCGGAGCAACUUCCCAGUCACAUGUAAAUAUAAACAUGUUUCACGUUUGUAUGUAGCCUCCAUUUGUUUUGGGUAAAUGUUUUAUUUUUCCUGUUAAUGGACCAAACUGUCUUGGAGAUUUUCCACUUAAAAUAUCCCCCCUCCCCAUUAAAUAAUCAGCCAUUUACUUUAUUUUGAUGUUCUAAAGUUUAAUAAUUGUGUUUUACCGUUUUUUGUUUCUGUAGAACCUGUAUCAGUGAUGCACUGAAAAAAAAAAAAAAAAUUUCCAACUUUUUUAUCCCGGUGGUUUCACAAUCGUCUGUUUUCGCGCCACUGUGAUGCAUUCCACACCUUCAGGUGCUGACAGUGAUUAAAACAAUGAAAUCA